AAAAGCUCCCAGCAGAGUCAAGCGCGCCCCGAUCCGCACCGCACCGCACACCGGCUGCUUUAAGUUGUCCUCUUCCUGUCCUCCUUCAUUCUCGUGCAGGUCCAGUCUCAAAAACCCAGACUACCUCCCAGCGACUGUUCCACUCCCCCCCACCCCCACCCAACAACCCAGACUACCUCACUCACACGGAUCGUGACUGCGGAUUUAUCUUUUGCGGGGAUUCUGCGAGUGGGCAUACUUAUCUGCCAUUAAACCCGAUUGGACAAGGGGGGAGAAUACAAGCUUUUUUUUUUUUUCCCUCUUCUUCCUCGUGUUCUUCGUGGCUUCUCAUUCGUUUACCUGCACCGGUCCGAGUUGAGAAGAGCAACAGCCUCGGGCUGCGCAUCAGUGAGAUAGACACGUUCUAAAUCAGACUGCAAUCAUGGAUGAGAUGGAUCUUCCCCAGAUGAAGAAGGAGGUGGAGAGCCUCAAAUACCAGUUGGCUUUCAAACGAGAGAAGUCGUCCAAAACUGUGACAGAUUUGGUGAAGUGGAUAGAAGACGGCGUCCCCGAGGAUCCUUUCCUCAACCCUGAGCUAAUGAAGAACAACCCGUGGGUGGAGAAAGGAAAAUGCAUCCUUCUGUAGGACGCACCUAGCUUAACUAACGUUCUCUUCUAGUUUGCCCCACAAUACACACCUACAGAUGACUCCCGACCCCAGGACGAUGCCUCACGACCUCUCACCAUGAAUGUAUAACAGUCCCGAGCACACACACACAUCCUGACGAGACCACACAAACACACACACCGACACACGCUUUUGCCUGACUGCCACAAUCUUCUCGUACAAGUUCACCCUUGCCACGUAAAUGCAUUUUUCGUUUUUCUCCAACCCGAUCAAUACUAGACGUCUCUAUAUACGACAACCUACUUAUGCAGCCGCGAGGCACAAUGUUUCAUUCACUCGUUUGCAAUUAACAUCUAUAAAUGCUUUCAUUCACUUUAUUGCUUUUCUUUUCAUUGAGAGCUUAAGUUACACUUGUUACUAACGGAAGCGAACCUUUUAUACGCAAAUGUAAACGGAUUCUUAAAUUUGGUGGCUGACAUGAUGCCUUAAAGUUGUAAAUGGUCAUUAUUUGCGUCAAUGCUAAUGAUUAUUUGGUGUCACGGAAACACUGAGUCAUUAUUGUAACGCCCUAAGACGUCGUGAAGAUUGUAGUGUGAUCGACAUCGUUUGACACGUUUUCAAAACAUUUUAUUUACGUUUUUCAUCAACAGCAUCAUUUGUGACUGCCUGACUAAUAGUAUGUAAUAUUAAUAUCCCAUUUGAACAAUAAGUGUGUUGCUUGUUAGUAAGCAGCAAUAUCACGACAUUUAUUGGCAAAUUAUUUGAAUGUUCCGAAUGAAGAAUUGGGGAAUUUUAAUGAUUUUUUGAAAUUUUAAUUUGUAAUAUGGAAGCCACAACAAGAUCUGGGGGCAGAGUUAGGAAUUGACAAUUAAAAUAACACUUGAAAUAGAGUUUGCUUUUUUUAUUUAUUUUUUUAUAUGUGGCCCUCUAUUAGUGUUGCAAUUAAAAAUUAGUUGAUUUUUUUUUCCCCAGGAAAUAUAAUAUUUGAGCACCCCAUCCACAAAAUACCCCACAAGACAAAAUUCACUGCCUGAAAUAGCGACCAAACAACCAAAGCCUUUUCCCCAUAGCAGGAAUGAACAAAUGUUUACCAUGACAGCAAAAGUAGACACGUUUACAGCUUUGACACUUCUCACCACACAACUUUGAAAGCAUGCUUUUCCUAUUUAACAUGAUAACGCAUGUUGUUGUUCUUAGGUGUCAUUAGGUCCGAGUGUGUUUAUUGUCACUCCGGGUCCCUUUCGGAGGUGAAAUCCUCUUUCCGCUUCUUACCUGUCGCCCUAAUACACAACACAAACAUUCUCGACAGUCAUGUACAGCCGGACCCCUUUAACUUAUUCAUCUAAAUAUUUUUUUGGGGGUCUCUAUUUAUUUUAUUUAUUUAUUUAUGAGAACUUUCUCCUUGUGAUGACUGCUAGCACUUUUCUAUUUGAUUUUCUUUGUGUCCAUUUCCAAAUCCUACGAUGCAACACCUUGUCAGAUCAAUUACUGCCUUUGACACAAUUUCCUUAUUAGAAUGUAAACAUUUCAAGUCAUUUUCAUUCACUUCAACAUGGAUGCCAAUGUAUGUGUGCAUAAACAUUCAAUGUAGUUAUAUCAUAAAACCAGGCUGAAGAAUCCCCCAAAACACACACACGCACACACACACACACGGAUUGGUGUGAUGAAGAAGGACAAGGACAUCAUGGGAACCUCACGUCAUCUAAGUACUGUAAUGACUCUCAUUAUAAUCUGGAUGACCCAGUUCCCCAAAGGCUGUUCUGUAAUUGGGUGACUUUCUGUACAAUGAAUUAAUUGCAAAUAUUUAAUUGAAAGUAGUACAUGAUGUGCUAAUUAAUUCGUUUUUCGCCAACUAAUCAAGCACUCACUGUAUUGUAAAAUCAUGAAUAAAAUGAACUUCAUACACAAAAAGAAAAAAGUACACUUAACCAAAAUAAUUCUGGUCAUAUUUAUUAAACCGUGUGACUAAAAUAAAAGCAAAUGAAAAAAAAUAUAUACUUAUUCAAUGGUGUGGCUAAAAUAAAGGCAAAUUGAGACUACUGAGAGGUAAUAACAGAAAAUGAAUUCUGAUUGUGCUUUUUUUUUAGUUUAGCUGCUGAAAACUGUGUAGUGUAGCUCUAGGGUUUGAUGUGACUUUUUCCUCCCUCGCUGCAUGAAGAGGGACUACACAGAGUGGCUUCCACUGUAUAAAACCUCGGAGCUUCAUGUGUAGCUUUUCCAGAGACCCAAGUACUCUCAGUUCCAAUCUUGAAAUUUUAUAUUUAGCCUCUUAUCCAACACGUGAAUUGACCAAACUUGUACACCGCCGCUGGAAAAGCAGCAAAAAGAGCAAAUGCAGAUGCACUUAACCCAAUUUACCCCUUAUUUUAUGACUCCUGUAUUUUUUUUUUUGUUUCAUUUCUUUUCAUAUAUUCAGAACAUCUGUUUGCUUGUGUUGCUUCUAUUAUAAUGUCAGUAUAAUCUUAGCUAGCCACAUAUUCCUUGUGAGAGUGCUUUGGAGUUCCAAUUAUGCAUCAGAUUAAGCCCAAGUGUAAAGACUACAAGCAAUAAAUUCAAGAUCAUUUUUUAUUGAAUUUUUUGCAGAAACAUUUGUCUUAUUCAAUAAAGUAGAAGAUUUUGAGAGA